AUGACUAAAGCUAAAGUCAAAGUCAAAAAGUUUUUAGAUAAAUUAAUUCAACCUCAGCUUAAUAACGAUAAUAAUAAACCAAUAAAUAAAUCUAAUCCAAAUUAUAAUCCAUAUACUGAUAAUUCAAGUUCAAAAAGUUUGAAUAAUUAUAACCAUCAAAAUGAUAUAGAAGAAAUACCGUCUUUAUCUUAUAGUUCAUUAUCAUCAAAAUCUCAUGGAGAAUUUAACAAAAAUCAAGAUAUUACAAUAUCAUCAAUAAAGCCAAGUUCAGUCGAAGAACCACCAAGUGUUAAAUCAGAAAUUAGUUCAAUUAAAGAAGUUAUAAAUUAUCGAAAUAAUCCAGAAAUAAAUCAAAAACCACCACCUCCACCAAAACCAAAUUUUUUAAAUAAUCAUCAUGGUGGGAAUAAAUAUAAUUCUCAUUUGAAUAAUAAUUGUGUUAAAAAUGACGCACAAUGUAUUAAAAGAAAUAUCAUAAAUAAUUCAUUUGAUGAUUUUUUAAAUAAUCAAAAUAAUAGAUCAUCAACAAAUGCCAAUUUAAAAAAGAAGCUAAAUAGUCAAACCAUACAAGAAGAAUCUGAUGAUUAUGAUUUUAAACUUUUUCAAAAUAAAUUAGAAUUAGAUGUUGAAGAAGAAGAGGAUGAUUUUUAUUCUGCUAUAAAAGUUGAUAAAUUUAGAUUUUCAACAAGAGGUACUUUAUUAAAUUAUAAAAGAGGUAAGAAUCAUCAAAGUAGUAGCGGAUCAGAUAGUAAUGAGAAAAGUAGUAGGGUUCAUAAGAAUUCAACUAAUAAAAAUCAAUAUUUGCCGCAUACCAAGAGAAGAAGAAGAAGAAAACGAAAUGAAGGUUUAAAAUUUAAAGCAAGUCAAUUUCAUUUUACUGAAGAAGAUGAAGAGGAAGAAAAAGGAAUUGACGAAUAUGAUUUACAUGAUAAUAGUUCUUUAGUAUCAAUAACAACUACAGCCACUGUUGCAACAACAACCACAACAACAACAACAACCACAACUGCACAUCAAAAUAAUAUAGGCUUUACAAAUUUAACAACUGCACUAUCAUCAACAUCAGUUUUUGAAACAACUACAACUGCAAUAGGAACUCCAGGAUCUCCUUUAAUUCCACUAAAUACACCAACCAACCCAGUCUCGAAUAAUAAAACUAGCACAACUAGAACGAGAACAACUACUACAGCAACAUCUUUUCAAAGAACAACUACUCAAAAGACUUUAAAUUCACAAGUUUCACAAAGAAGAAGAUCAUCAUCCAUAAAACAAAGCAAUAAUUUAGAUAAUUAUAAGGUUAAUAUUAUACCAGAUAUCGCAUCUUAUCAAGCAAGUUUCUUAAGACAAAAUAGUUAUAGUUCAACACAUGCAUAUAGAGAGAAUGAGCAACUAAAUAGAGGCAAAGAUAGACCAAAGUUGAAUAAAAACACCAUUGAAGAUGAUGCAGGUUCAGUUUCUGGUAAUUCAAUAUAUCAACAUCGACAAGUUGAAAGUAAGAAGAUUCUGAGUUGUAUGAUUCAUGAUGAUUCAAUUAAGGCAAGUUUUAGUUCACAUGCAUCAAUAAAGGAUAAUGAAAGCAGUAACGUUGAAGAGUUUGAAUCUUAUGAUAUCGAUUAUUUGCUUAAUCAUUUAACUUUUGAUACUGAUGAAGAUAAAUCAAAAUUGAUUCAAGAAGCACAAGAAGAAGCAAUAGUAGAAGAUGGACUCAUACAAGAAUCUCAGCAAGUUGAAACUGCAGUUGAUGGUCAAUUAAAUUCACAUGGAUCUGAACAUUCUACUAGCUCUUCAAAUUUUCAAAAUGAUGAUCAUAGAUGGUUCAAUAAUGUUAAAGAUAAAUUCCAUUAUUACAACAACAAAUUGAAGAAGAUCAAAUUGCAUACCAGUCACAGCAACACAACUAAACAAACAAAUGAAGUUUCUAAUCAAAAUGUAGUAUCAUCAAUACUUUCACCAGUAACGUUACACUCAAAUGAUGUAACAUCAAAUGAUUCUCAAGAUCAAGAUUCAAACAAUACCAAAUCAACUUUAAAAUUAAGUAAUGUUAAACAACAACCGUCAGAUUCAUCCAAAAAUCAAAAAUCUUCUAGUUCACAAAUUUUACAACCUACUUUUUAUUCGCAUGAAAAUAAACAAUCACUGAAGAUUAAUGUUGUUCAAAAAAGUCGACUGCUGCCGAACUUGAUACCAAAUGGUACUGAUCAUAAGAAUGAACUCAAAUUGAAUGGAUCAAUGCAUGUAGAAUCUAAAGAAUCCAAAGAAGAAAAAGAGGAAUUAUUCAUCAUAUCAGGAACUAACAAGAUUAAAGGUGAAGAUUUAUCAGGUGCAAUAUACUACAUACAAAAUGAACAAAAAGAUGAAGUUAUAAAACAAAUGACAUUUAUGAAUGGUUCACAACAAAAUCUUGUAAAGACAACAAUAAAUCAACAAAAACAUAAAAGUCAUUAUCAAAAAUAUCAAAAUUUACAAAAUUUAAAACAAAUUAAAAAUCAUUCAUUUUAUAAAGUUUAUCAAAAACAAAAUUUAAAUGGUUCAAUUUAUCAAAUUUUAGAAAAUGAACAAAGUAAGUUUUCAAAUAAUGAAAAUCGAAUAAUUCCAAAGAUUGUUGAGUUGGAUAUAUCUAAUAAUGCUUCUUCUUGUGGUGGCGGUGACAGUUUACAAGAGUAUAGUUCGAAUGAUGGUGAUGAUGAACAAAGUUUUAAUGAACUUGAAUCUAAAUUAAGUAUAUAG